ACUCUUUGUUUAUAAAUUUUCCCUUCCAUACUAUUCUCUUCAUUCCAACUUAUCAUACUAUCACAUUAUUAUCAACCUUAUAAUCUUCCUCUUAGCACCAACCAUGACUACCCAGUUUCUCAUUCUCUCCCUUCUCAUCUCAUGCCACGUCCUCACUGCAACCCUAGCCGAAGAAACCGGCUUUGUAGGUUCACUAGACCGCAAGGCAUUAGGUCUAGAUAAAAAAGACAAGGUCAGUCAUUUCCGGUUCUACUUCCACGAGAGGUUCACCGGAAGCAACGCCACCUCGGUCACCGUCGUUCCUCCGCUGCCCCAGUACAACUCCACCACCAACUUCGGGUUGGUGGGGAUCACCGACAACGCCUUGACCGUGGGACCCGAACCCGGGUCCAAGGUGGUCGGAAAGAUCGAGGGGUUGUACGCGGGCACCUCACAAUCGGAGUUCAAUUUAUUGAUUGUUGUGAAUUUUGCCUUGACCGAAGGAAAGUAUAAUGGCAGCACCAUCACCGUGGUGGGGCGGAACCGCCUCUCCCUCAAGAUUAGGGAGAUGCCUGUGAUUGGAGGAAGUGGGGUUUUUAAAUUUGCUACUGGGUAUGUUGAAACCAGCACUCUCUAUGUUGAUGCUGAUAGGUCUACCAUUCAGUACAACAUUUAUGUUUCACAUUACUGAGCAAUUUGUUGUAACUUUGUGUUACAAAACUUCUUCUAUGUUCCCUUACCUACUGCUAUGAUUAAUUGGCUAUGCGGUGUUUUACAUUUUUUUUUUUAUCAAUGUAACGAGGAUUGCGAGGAUUGAUUUAUAUACAAGUGAAAGGAAAAAAAAGAGUUUGAUUUAUAUAUA